AUGAUUGAUACGUACAUAGUAUUUUUCCUUUUUUUGUUGCAGAACCCCACUCAGCUUCCCUAUGGAAAAGCUCUUUAUGCCUACGAAGGGAAAGAACCUGGUGACCUCAAAUUUAACAAAGGGGACCUUAUUAUAUUGCGCCGAAAAGUAGAUGAGAAUUGGUAUCAUGGGGAACUGAAUGGAAAUCAUGGCUUUUUCCCAGCAAGCUACAUCCAGUGUAUCAAGCCUCUUCCACCAGCUCCUCCACAAGGCAAAGCACUUUAUGACUUUGAAAUAAAGGACAAAGAUCAAGACAAAGACUGUUUGACUUUUACCAAGGAUGAAAUUUUGACUGUCAUCCGAAGAGUAGAUGAUAAUUGGGCGGAAGGAAUGCUGGGUGAUAAAAUUGGAAUAUUCCCUAUUCUGUAUGUGGAGCUCAAUGAAUCAGCUAAGCAGCUUAUUGAGAUGGACAAGACCAAUGUAGCUGCUGCAUCUGGCAGUGAUGUCCCUUUGCCAGUUGACACUAACCUGGCAGUAAGCACAGUCCAGUGCUGUACACUGAACAGUGCUGGGGCAGUCAGUGCCAUUCAGCGACAUAUUGAUGGCAAGAAGAAUGCCAAGAAGCGCCACUCCUUCACUGCUCUCAGUAUGACUCACAAGUCGUCCCAGGCCUUGAAUAAUAGGCAUUCCAUGGAGAUUAGUGCUCCUGUCCUGAUAAGUUCAAGUGACCCCCGUGCUGCAGCCAGAAUUGGAGAUGUGGCUCAUCUUUCCACCAGUGCACCAGUCCAGGAUUCUACUUUAGCUGGAUCCACAACCAUGGCUGGACCCAGAACCAGUGCAAUUGUGGGAGAUCAAGGAACGCCAGCAAAGGUCCAACUACCACUCAAUAUAUAUUUGGCAUUAUAUGCCUACAAACCUCAGAAGACAGAUGAACUAGAACUACGUAAGGGUGAAAUGUAUCGUGUUAUCGAGAAGUGUCAGGAUGGCUGGUUCAAAGGGACAUCCUUGAGAAAUGGCAUGUGUGGCGUCUUUCCAGGCAAUUAUGUCACUCCUGUCUCCAGAGUUCCUGCAGCAACUAACCAGUCCAGGAAUUUAACAGGAGGCUCUCCAACAGCAAAAGGCUCCCCUCGAGAUGCUCCACCAGGAGCCCCAGCUCUUACCAGUUUUGUUCCUGUUACCAGACCAGCGGUUCCAAUCACAACUCCUCCCUCUCAGACCCAGCUGCCAGCAGGCUCCCCACAGAUGAAUAACUGUUUGAGAUACUCUUCUCAGCACACAGUUACCCAGACUCGCAGUGCUGUGCAAAUGGUUGUGCACAAUUCUGUGCAGGCCCAGGAUCGGCCCACAGCCACAGUCUCACCACUGAGAAGUCAGAAUUCUCCAUCUCGCCUCCCAGCAACUGUGAUCAGAUCACACUCAGUGGCUUCUCCACAACAUAUCCACCACUCUCCUGUGCAUGUCAUCCCUGGAGCACAAUGUGCCAGACCUAUUAUUCCUCUCACUUCAGCAGCAGCAGCAAUUACUCCUCCCAAUGUCACUGCAGUCAAUCUGAAUGGAGAAGCUGGAAAUGGGCCCAUCAGUAGCUUGGUGACCUGUAGCCCAACCAACACAGCUUGCAAAACAGAAGAAAGGAAAAAUGAAAAGAAAAUUGCACUUGCACACUUUGGUAAAACAGAACAAGACAGGAUUAAAUAUGACGCUGAAUGUGGGAUUGAUUCUCUAGAGAUGCAGGCAUAUGGGGUUCACUUUCAGAACAGUCUUUCAGUGUUAGUGCAAUAA